AUGGAGCAGCAGUCGAAAUUAUUUACACGCGAGGAAUUAAAGGCCCGCUGCACGCGCAAUGACGCCGUGCUUAUCAUUCACAACGAAGUGUACGAUGUAACGAAGUUCCUUGCAGAGCAUCCUGGUGGUGAAGAGGUCUUACUAGAGAAAGCUGGACAAGACGCCACUGAGCCGUUCGAGGAUGUCAGCCACAGCUCUGACGCAAGGUCGCUUAUGAAGAAAUAUAAAAUUGGUGAACUGGUGGAGACUGAUCGCAUCCAGAGCAAGAACGCCUUCUCGCCCCAAUGGAGCAACGACCAGCCACAGGAGCAGGGCAAUUGGGGUUCCUGGCUGACGCCGCUGUUGCUGGGCCUCGCGGCCACCAUCCUCUACCGGUACCUGUUCUCGCAGUGA